CGAGUCUUAAAUCACGUAUAUCUAUACUUGCGGGGCGCCACCGAUGAUCCGAGUAUUAUUUCGCCCUUUCCCAGUCAAAGUUGGUUAUCAGAGCUACGCUUUACGGCAGAGGAGAUCACUAGCAACUAUGGAUGCAUUCGAAUACAACGCCAACCCGGCACGGGUCAUCUUUGGAUUUGGGACCAUCAAGCAACUCCCCGACGAGAUCGCACGCCUCAAUCUCUCCUCCCCGCUUCUACUAUCCACCCCGCAGCAGGUUCAGCAAGCCGAUGACUUGAAGGAUCUCCUGAAGGGCAAUGUGGCCGGUGUCUUCACCGAAGCUACGAUGCACACACCCACACACGUUACAGAAAAGGCUCUUGAAUACGCAAAAGCGCAGAAUGCCGACAGCGUCAUUUCUAUCGGCGGUGGAAGCACCAUUGGGUUAGGAAAGGCCAUCAGCAUCCGCACCGGUCUGCCGCAUAUUUGCAUUCCGACAACCUAUGCGGGAAGCGAGAUGACGCCAAUCUUGGGCGAGACAGCGGAUGGUGUGAAGAAGACGAGAAGCGACCCUAAGAUCCUGCCUGGAACCGUCAUCUACGAUGUGGAUUUCACGAUGUCACUCCCAGUCGGAAUGAGUGCGACAAGUGGUGUCAACGCCAUUGCACACGCUGUCGAAGCUCUCUAUGCCCGUAACGGGAACCCAAUUAUCCGCCUCCUCGCCCUUGAAGGCGUUCGCAGCCUUGCGACCGCCCUGCCAGAGAUUGUCAAAAACCCAUCUUCCCGAGAUGCCCGCUCCCUUGCCCUCUAUGGCGCCUGGCUCUGUGGAACAUGCCUCGGUAGCGUGGGCAUGUCUAUCCACCAUAAACUGUGCCACACUCUUGGAGGCAGCUUCGACCUUCCCCACGCCGAAACUCACACUGCCGUCCUCCCCCACGCGAUCUCAUAUAACGCUCCAUCCAUUCCAGAGGCGAUGAAAGCCCUGGCUGAUGCUCUACCUGAAAGCAACGGCGAUGCUAUUCGGGGCUUAAACGUGCUCUUAACCAAAUUGCAAGUGAAGAGGGCCCUGAAGGACUUUGGAAUGAAGGAGGAGGAUAUUGAUAAAGGGGCCGAUAUUGCUGUGAGCAACCCGUACUGGAAUCCUCGAGAGAUCCAGAGGGAGCCGAUUCGGGAGUUGAUUAGACGUGUCUGGGCCGGUGAAGAAGCCCGGGCGAAUCUGUAA